AUGGUGGAUCACUUGCUGCCUACUGAUGAAUCCUUUUCAUCGACAAGAUCUUCUCUUGGAUACUUUGGGGACAUGACAGCAGGGGUGAGGUCCUACCAAAUGCUGCCCUCUCCCCUCUCGGAAGAUGACAGCGACUCGUCCAGCUUUUGUUCUUGUUCCAGCCCUGACUCCCAGGUUCUCAGCUCCAGCUAUGGAAGCACGUCCAGCGCGGAAAGUCAGGACAGUAUCUUAGACUACUUAUUGUCCCAGGCAUCUUUGGGGAACACUGCUGCAUCAUGGUGGGACAAAAGGAGACUUCAGCCCAUAGUGAAAGAGGAGUACUUUAGGUUGCCUGAAUUUGCCGUGGAUAUGGAAGACUCAGGACCAUUUCAGCCCACGCUUGAGGAAAUUGAGGAAUUUCUGGAGGAGAACAUGGAGCUGGAGCUCAAAGAAAGACCUAAAAGUGAGACCAAGGACUUGAGAGCUUGCAGCCAAGUUUCUGUUGCUUCGUUACAGCAAAAAGACCAUAUGUUACCCAGUGCUAGUUUAAAAGAGAGUAAAAAUGAACAGUUGAGCAGCUCAACGGAAGGUGGCCAAGCUUCAAAUGGAGGAAUGACCCUGGAGAAUGGGAUACCGGUUAUGCUCCAAAUCCAGCCUGUACAGAUCAAACAGGAGUCCAACACGAGCCCCAGUUCCCAAGGACCAGCACAAGAGAACAUUAAAAUUGCACAGCUCCUAGUCAACAUCCAAGGACAGACAUUUGCCCUUGUGCCUCAGAUAGUUCAGUCGUCCAAUUUGAACUUGUCCUCUAAAUUUGUCCGCAUUGCUCCCGUCCCCAUCGCCGCCAAGCCAAUUGGGCCAGGAGGCAUGAUCCAGGGUCAGACGGGAAUCAUCAUGGGUCAGAAAUUUCAAAAGAACCCUGCAGCAGAACUCAUUAAAAUGCACAAAUGUUCUUUUCCUGGUUGUACCAAGAUGUACACGAAAAGCAGCCACUUGAAAGCCCACCUGAGGAGGCAUACAGGAGAAAAGCCUUUUGCGUGCACGUGGCCGGGCUGCGGAUGGAGGUUCUCCAGGUCAGAUGAGCUGUCCCGGCACAGGCGCUCCCACUCGGGGGUGAAACCUUAUCAGUGUCCUGUCUGCGAGAAGAAGUUUGCUCGAAGUGACCACUUGUCCAAACAUGUCAAGGUGCAUCGGUUCCCACGAAGCAACCGCUCCGUCCGCUCCGUGAACUGA